GUUCCCCUGGACCAUCCAGUGAUCACAGCAGUGGAGCUUCAUCACCUCUCUUUGACAGUGGCUUACAUUUAAAUGGAAACUCAACUAACACUGCUCCAUCAUCACCUUCUUCACCUAUAGCUAAUGAACCAAAAUACGAGAAGCGCUGGCUAGACACCUUAUCAGUUCCUCUGUCAAUGGCUCGAAUCUCGAGGUACAAAGCUGGAACAGAUAAAUUAAGAUCUAAUGCAUUUGAAGUGCUGGCACUCGAUGGAGUUAGUACUGGGAUACUUCAGUUUUAUACAGCCCAGGAGAGUGCUGACUGGCUGAGAGCAAUAUCAACUAACAUCAGUGAUUUGACACUUCAAAAUAUGAAAAUGGCAAAUAAAUGCUGUUCUCCCUCAGACCAGGUCAUACAUAUGGGAUGGGUAAAUGAAAAACUUGAAGGAACUGAUUCAUCUCAGCUCUACAAAUUCAAGUUUCUGGCACUGAAGGGUUCAUCCUUCUACAUUUUCAGCACUCCACCGGUAAGCACACUAGACUGGGUACGAGCUGAAAAAAUCUAUAACCUCUGUGAGGUUCUAUUUAAAAUUCACAAGCUCUGGCUUGCUGACGAUUGCUGGCUACAAGCAAACUUGUAUUUAGGUAUUCAUCAGGAUUUUGAUCUUGAAGACCAGAGGCCAUAUUGUUUCAGUGUUAUGGUUGGACAUGGCAAGAGCCAUUAUUUCAAUGUAGAGCUGGGCAGUGAGUUGGCAGUGUGGGAAAAAUCAUUUCAAAGAGCAAUUUUCUUGGAAGUUCAAAGAACAGGGUCUAAAACAUAUAUGUGCAGUUGGCAAGGGGAUACCCUGUGUUUCACAGUUGACUUUGCUCUGGGAUUUACCUGUUUUGACAGUAAAACAAAGAACGUACUGUGGAGGUUUAAAUUCUCUCAGCUCAAAGGUUCCUCAGAUGAUGGGAAAACAAGAGUAAAGCUGCUUUUUCAGAAUCUAGAAACCAAACAGAUUGAGACAAAGGAACUUGAAUUUCAGGAUCUGACGGCAGUUUUACACUGUAUUCACUCCUUUAUAGCAGCAAAAGUGGCAUCUGUGGAUCCAGUAUUCAUAGACAGUCAGAGUAUUGCAAGAAAAUAUAUGUACAGUAACUGA